AGCAUCAUGUCCACAACUUUAGGGUCUUUCAUCGCGGGCGGCAUUGCAGCUUGCGGCGCUGUCACGGUUACCCACGGUUUUGAAACCGUCAAGAUUCGAUUACAACUCCAGGGAGAGCUUCAAUCGAAGAAGGAGGCUCCUCGGCUAUACAAAGGUGUUUUCCACGGCGUAGGAGUCAUUGUCAAGAAUGAGGGUCCAAAGGGACUGCUCAGAGGGUUGGGAUGCGCCUACGUCUACCAAAUGGUGCUCAAUGGGUGCCGACUGGGCUUCUACGAGCCCACGCGCAAGGCCAUCACUAACGCCGUCUAUAAAGAUGUUGCCGUGCAGUCUUUUGGCAUCAAUCUCUUCUCCGGAGCCGCCUCCGGAAUCUUGGGUGCUGCUGCCGGGUCCCCCUUCUUCCUCAUCAAGACGCGCUUACAGUCCUUCUCUCCGUUCCUUCCCGUAGGAACCCAACACAAGUACAAGAACUCCGUGGAUGGCAUGAAGCAAAUAUACAAAAGCGAAGGCAUAAAGGGUCUUUACCGCGGAGUCGGCCCAGCCAUGGUACGCACAGGCUUCGGUAGCUCUGUGCAGCUGCCUACGUACUUCUUUGCGAAAAGGCAGUUGGUCAAGCACUUCGGCAUACAAGAGGGAACACCACUGCAUCUGAUGAGCAGUACAGCAAGUGGUUUCGUAGUUUGCUGCGUUAUGCAUCCGCCGGAUACUGUCAUGUCGCGCAUGUACAACCAAACCGGUAACUUGUACAAGUCGGCAUUUGACUGCCUCUACCAGACGGUCAAGACCGAAGGCCUUUUGGCAGUUUACAAGGGGUACUUUGCCCAUCUUGCUCGCAUAUUACCACACACUAUCCUCACACUCACGCUCGCUGAACAAACCAACAAGCUGAUGAGAAGGUUCGAAGAUAAGGUGUUGUCUCCGGAAACGAAGGCGAGGAUAUGA